CUUGCCCCGGCAGAGGGAGAAAGAUGGCGCCCACACACGUACUGAGAUGCUGUCAGCGGGGCUUAGCGUGGAUCCCGGUGAUUUUCAUCGCCCUGGUGGUCUGCUGGUCGUACUAUGCCUACGUGGUGGAGCUGUGUAUAUUCACCAUCCCAAGCAUAGGAGAGCAGAUCGUCUACCUGAUCUUCUUCCACCUCUUUUUCAUCAUGUUUGUGUGGUCGUACUGGCAGACCAUCUUCACCAAGCCUGCCAACCCUUCCAAAGAGUUCUGCCUGCCCAAGGCUGAGAAGGAGCGCUACGAGAAGGAGGAAAGGCCAGAGUCCCAGCAGGAGAUCCUCUGGAGAGCCGCCACCAGUCUGCCUCUGUACACCCGCACAGGAGCCGGAGCAAUCCGAUACUGUGACCGCUGUCAAGUGAUCAAGCCCGACCGAUGUCAUCACUGCUCCGCAUGUGACAUGUGCGUGCUUAAAAUGGACCACCAUUGCCCCUGGGUGAACAACUGCGUGGGGGCCUCCAACUACAAGUUCUUCAUCCUCUUCCUGGCCUACUCGCUGGUGUACUGUUUGUUCAUUGCAGCCACCGUGCUUCAGUAUUUCAUCAAGUUCUGGACGAAUGAGCUGCCAGACACUCACGCCAAAUUCCACGUCUUGUUUCUUUUUUUUGUGGCGGCCAUGUUCUGCAUCAGUAUUCUGUCCCUCUUCAGCUACCACCUGUGGCUUGUGGGCAAGAACAGGUCCACUAUAGAGGCCUUCAGAGCCCCAGUCUUUAGGACAGGCUCUGACAAGAACGGCUUCUCUCUGGGUUUCCGUAAGAACGUCGCUCAGGUCUUUGGAGACCAGAAGAAAUACUGGCCACUUCCCAUCUUCACCAGCCAGGGAGACGGUCUGACGUUCCCUACACGGCUGGUCAGUGCUGAUGUGGAGCAGGCAACAGUGACCCUGAACCCAGAGGCCAAUAAAAGUGCUGUGGACGUCCCUGUGAGCCCGGUCAACGACUCGCAGAAUCGCCUCCUGAGCAACGACCAGCAUGCCAACAACAUCGCGGACCACCUGGCUAACAACACCCUCAAAUCAGAUGACAGUGAAACCAUUACAGUCUCCAUGGAGAGCGAGUCCUAACCAGGAGAAUCUCCUCAAUCAUCUGAAAACGAUGCCUUAAGCAACGCAGCAGUUUAGUUCGUCACCAUGGCAACAGUCUCCCACUGCAACCUCAUCCCCACAGACCCGCUCAGCGUAACCGUGGAAAUGCAUUCAUUUUGCCCGUCACAGAACAGUAACACAUUGGCCUUUUUUUUUCCGCAUGCAGUGUCGUAAGAAAAUCUUACACCAACCACCCACAGGACAUGACAUGCAAGGUUGUUCCCUCUAACACCAACACACAUGCAAACUGUCACACAUUCAGCCAUUUCCUUUUGCUGUUUUAGUUUCAUUAUUUUCUUACAGCUGGAGCAUUUAUUUAGAAGAUGAAAGAAGCCUGGAGGGAUUUUCUUUGCUGUUAUGAUACAACUUUUUGUGCCAAAGGCUUCCUCGGUGCGUCAGGACUCGUUUUAAAGGCACAAAGCUGCAGUGGAGAGUGGUGGACAAGCUGGAUCAGUGUGUUUGGUUGGAACAUUUCUCUUUCUUGUUUUUUUUUUUGUUCAUCCCUCUGAAGAUGGAUCAGUUUACUCAUGUGACAUUUUUAUAUUCUAUAACACAAGCGUAUAUCUGGUCCGCACCCUUUUUUUUUUUAGAUGGAUGUUUCCCCUCCAAAACCCGGACAACAUGAAAGAGGACUCUACUGCACUGAGCCAGUGCACCACAGGGAAGCCUGUAGCUGGGUUUUGGAUAACAGAGCGCAAGAAGGAGCAUUUGCACUUUGUAGUUGAUCAAUAUCCAUCUAAACAACAUGCUGCUUUUUUCCCCCCUAUCAUGUCCAAAAAAGCGUCCCAGGUAAAACAGAUGUCGGAUAAUGUGAUUUAUGGCGUACUGUGUGUCUGAAUGUGUGAAUGUGUGUGUAUAACAGUUGAAGUGGCAGUUUUUUCUUUAUUUUUUAAUUUUCUAAACGUGUCAGCUUUAUGUGCUUUUGUGGCCAACUCGUUCAUCAACGUGCUGCUUACUUACGGACAGUAUGACCUGGGAGAUGCGUUUCACACAUUGCAAUGUGCAGCGUCCUUCACUACCUGUUCAGGGUCGGUUCAUUAUGUCAUUGUGAUGAUCAGUGAUUGCUUGCCCAAAAUGUCUACAGCCGCCUGUCCUCUCUACAACUCAGUGCUUCAACCUUUCACUAAGACACCAACACCCAUUGCCAAAUAAGGGCUCGACCUGUCAGGAGCUCUGACCUUUGAACCUGCAGUGUUUACAACAUUCUAGCUUUAUCUUGUCCUCACUGGCCAAUGUCUUGGUAACCAAAUUUACCAGUCGUCGUGGAAAACUAUUUUACACGGGUUGCAUCUGUCCUGCCCGUCUGUGUGGGUCAUGAUGGCCUUGCAGCACCAGUGCUGGCCGGCAGGUGGCAGCAAAGCUGUUAUCUGCCCUCAUUCCGGUGAAGAGCUCUCUGUUCUUCACAAGCAUCUGGCUCAGGGCUCAAUUCACUUUCUGUCGAAUUUGCAGGUGCAGCUUUCAUCAGAAUGAAAUGAUCUCAUAAAAUGAUUCACCAUGUUCCUGUGAAAACUCGUCCAGGUUAAAUCGAAAAAAACAAAGUGAAUUGAACCCAAUCCAUCUAUUGUUAAAAAAAUAGGUUGUAGACUGCAGCUUCUGCUCCUCCUCUACUCUUUAUGUAAUUUGGAAUCAACGCAGUGUUGUGACCUUGAACUGUUUUAAGCGGAUUUAGCUUGUGUAAAACUUGACAGUGAAUUGUCUUGUCAGUGUUGAACGUCUGGGAUGUGACUCAAAUGACAGAAUUUUUAAAGCACCAGGAAUCUAAAGCAACUGCAUCACGUGAACAUCUGUUAUGUGAAGAACAACCAAAUAGCAAUUUUACAGGAAUGAAGUACAUCCUUUUUCCGGGGAAUUUCUGUCAUUUAUAUGCAACUUACUGAUUUACAUUUGAGGGAGAUUCGAGGUGUCACUGCUCACAUCCGUCUGGUCACAUCCCUGACUGUUGCCUCCCACUAACUCGACCCAAUCAGACUCUGGUGAUGUACAAGUUUACAGCUGUUUCUGUCCUGUAGAGUGAACUCGUGGUGUUGUACAGUGUGUUUCUCGGUAAUCGUCCUAAUUGUGCUGAAUGUACCACAGACAGGACAGUGAGGGUGUUCGGCCGUAUGACGGAGCGUUUAAAACAGCUUUUAUGUUUACAUUUUAUCCUUCCAAUCAUGUUUGACCUUUUGAGCCCUUGUGUAUUUCUCUACAAACAGGUGAUUGGAGGAUAUUUGUUGCUGUAUGGAUCAUGCUGUCAUGGUGGCUGAGUACAAACUGUGGUUUGAUUUCAGCAGAUGAAGUAACUGUUGAAUAUCAUGGUCCAGACCAAGGUUGUGUUUUGAUCAAAUGUGGAUCUUUUUUUCUAAACCUCAUAUGUAAACUUUUAGUAACAGGUAAAAACAUAAUUAAACUAUCUUGUAUAACGAGCUUGGCUCAUUCCCCUCAUCAUUCACUGAUUCUAAAACAUUGGACCUGUCUUCUUUGUUUAACAAAUCGCCUGUAAUGUGCCUCUGGGCAAUUUGGCCUAGAGACUAAAGUGUGUCUCUGUGUGUGUUUUGUAAUCCUUAAUUGAGUGUUCUUUUUGUAAUACUGUCGUCUUGGCAGAAAUGCUUCUGUGCAGCCAUGAGAUUUUUUACGUGUCUGUGUACAUAGAUAACCGUCUGAGUGAUGAUAAAAAGCAUGGCGCCUAACUUCUGUAAACACAUUUUUAACAUAACAGGGAUUAUGGUGAUAAAACAGACUGGUUCUUUUUCAACUGUAGCCAGGGGUAUCAUGUUUUAAUUCAGCUUUACCCUGGUCUGCUAAAACUUUAUAAAUGAAGCCAUAAAAACUCCUGUGAAAAUGGAGGAAGGAUCUUAAAAAUUCAGUUGAAUUUCAAAAAAACAUUUCACAUCUGUAUCAUACACAGCGCAGAUGUUGCCUAUCAUAAGUUGCUUACUGCUACAUUUUGAUUUAUUUUCUUUACAAUAUCCUAUUUUACAAUGUUUGUGUAUAUAAAUUGAUAAUGUAUGAAAAAGACUACAUAUAUAUUUUUCUUGUCUGAUUAAUUUUACUGUUCCUAUUUUGUGAAUGAAGUACAUGCCUCUACACAAGUAACGUGAAAAUAACAAUAAAUGUUUUUUUAAACCUCCAGUCUAA